UCCACCCCCAGGCUUCAACAAGGAAUCCGCAAAUCCCAUAAAAGCCGGGGGCUAGGAGUGUAAGUGUCCCAGGUCUCCAGCCUAAUCAGCGCACUGUUCACUGACACCGCAACCCACACAAGAUGCAAUUCACAGCCACCCUCGUCAGCCUCGCUGUCGCGUUCGCGAGCAUGAGCGCCGUUACCGCGGCUCCCGCUGUGGAAUCGAGCCUCACCAAACGCUGGUGCGGUUUCGAGGCGCAGUGCGGCUGCACGCCGGACGCCGCGACGGGCUGCCAGCUGACGUUCGACAAGUGCGGCCAGCAGUGGUACUGGCCGCCGCAGUGCCAGGGGUGUGGCACGUGCCCCGAGCUGUGUGUCGAUUGGGAUGACAGUUUUCCAAUGCAUCGACCCGUCCAAGAAGAGCGCGCAAUGAGCACGAAUGCGAGUGGAGCUGACGUGCACGACCAAUUUGUAACCAGCGCAUUCGACAUCCUCUCGUUCACCCUGAUCGUGUACGACUACUUGCUCACGCUUGACUGGGAGGUCGCGCGGUACUGGGGCACGCCGUUCUCGUGGCCCACGUUCUUCUACUACCUGAACCGGUACUUGACUCUCCUCGGGAAUAGCUCCAUCCUGGUCGACUAUGUAUGGGGUGGGCAGCUGACUCCCGCAAAGAUUGCUGCGUACGUUAUGUCGUCGAGACGUAGAUGGUUUUCUGAUGAGAUCAUCGUCGGGAUCAUGCUCGUGCUGCGCACUUACGCCCUCUACGAACGCUCCAUCCGCGCACUCGCAGCCAUGCUUAUCUUCGCCGCCGCAGUGCUCGCCAUCGCCAUCUGGGCGACGAUAGUGGCACCGGACACGAACCAGGCAGCACUGCAGCUGUUCUCCGGGUGCAACUUCGGCACCCCGCACAUCGCCGGGGUCUACCUGGCCAUCGCGUGGUCCUGCGUCACGGCGUUCGACGCGCUGAUAUUCGGCAUGACCGUUGCUCGCGUGCUCACGCGCCCUGUGCACAGCCGUAGGCCAGGCGCAGAUCUGUUCUCGGUCAUGUUGAGAGACGGGGCGGUUUACUUCGCAUUUAUGACGCUUAUGAAUGUUGCCAAUGUCCUCGUCCUGAUCCUCGGGAGCGAUUUCGGCCGCGAGACAGUAACGACGUUGACCAAUGCAUUUUCAUCCCUCGCGAUCACGCGGUUGAUGCUCUCCCUGCGUGACCCAGCCCGGGAACAUAUGUCCGGGCGCCUCAGUUCGUCGCAGGGGGAGACCGGGGAGUCGCUAGAGUCGCCUGCCAUGGAGCUUGAUUCGCUGGCGCCCGGGCUUACGGACCAGCUGGCCUGGGAGCGAUCAAUGACGAGAUCCGCCCCGGUGUGAUCCAGGAUUUCUUGCGGGAAUGACUGGUCAAAUUGUAACGGACGACGACGAAUAUAGUUGUCCGCGUCCCCGCAUGGGGCUGGAAGACUAGAAAAUGCACUUUCGACGAGACGCUGGUCAUUUUUCUUCCCCCCAGCACUCAAGAGCACACUGAUGGAUUGGGAAGGCAGGGUCAAGUAUCUCAAGUGCAAGUAAUCGAUGAGGACGACAUGGUCGACAGAGUCGACUGGCACAUUUAGUGUAUAUAUCACAAAGAGACAAGAUACCACAACAGAAUUCUUCCAGAGAUGAUUUCGUCCGUACCUUGCAC